GGCCUGCAUAGGUAAGACACUAGCAAGCUGGCUGCCGGCCCAAAACAGGUCCCGCUGGCUGUGAUAGGCUUGAAUAAGCUUGGUGACGUCUUCAGUAGCAUCAAUUAUCUUCGAUUGCUCACGUGCAACGCGAAUUUCGCAGCGCUACGUACACUGAGCUUGCACAGACUGCACUGUCACACGCGCUGCUCGCGUGCGAAUUGCUGGGGCGCGCGACGCGCCAGCAACUAGACUGACUGCAAAAUGUCCGAAGACACGCGCAUCUUGAUAAACGCCGGCGGCCGCGUGUUUGAGACCUCCACGACGACGCUGAAGCUGUCGGGCGCGGGCUACUUCGAAGCGUUGCUGGGCGACACUGGCACGCAGAUGCGUGGCAGAAAGCGCGCGAGGCCUGGUGACGAUGCGCCGGAGGUCACAGGUUCCGCCGAAGACGACGCGCCUGGCGCCCCUCGCGAGAUAUUCAUCGACCGCGACCCGGACGUGUUCGCCGACGUGCUGCGCUACAUGCGGUCGGAUCGCCUGCCUGCCGCGGCGGCAAAAGAUGAGGAUCGUCUCGAAGACCUGAAGGCGGAGGCGGAAUUUCUCUGCUAUGACGCGUUGUCGAUGGCCUGCGACGCUGCGAUUGACGCUAUGAGGGCUGCCGAGGCCGCUGCGGCCGCUGCGGCCGCUGCCAAGGUGAUCCCCGAGGCGAGAAACUUGAUCAUAGAGACGCAAGCCGAAACAGACGACUAUGGUGAUGAUGCGAGCAUUCAUGUUCCAAAGGGCCAGGUUCUUUACGUUGUGUCUGCAAUGCUAAUAAUCAGCCAGCCCCUCCAAGACCUCUUCAACGCGCAGAGGAGGCAUAAAGGAGCAUUUCUCCGUCUGGAGGCGUGUGGCAAACCAAUGAUCUUGGUACAACAUUGGUUGAAAUCAGAACUCGGUGGAUUCGAUGUCAUGCAUGGGAUUCGCCUCUGCUUCAGUGGUGGAGAAGAAGAGGAAGUUAAGCUCUCUAGCUACGGUCUCAACUUCCAGAUCAACGCAUGGGUCGGCCAUCCGUCCAAGAUCCCCGGCCUCGCGCACGCGCAGGCGCAGCUGAGCGCCUAGGAUGUACCUCUAAGUACUUGUGUAGAA